AUGGCAACGAACGAGGACAACAACAACAACAACAACAACGCCCCUAUCCCAGCUGACGAGAACAACGACCCUAUCACAGUUGACGAGAACUUCGACUCCGAUUCUGCCUACGGAGGAGAUGACUGGAACUCAGGACUGACCGAAAAUGGAAGACGGGAGUAUAUAUGCACAACUUUGAAUACAGCCGUGCAUCAGUCUGACACAGACAAUGACGCAGGGGCCCAUCUGAUGACCAACAGUUCGAAACAAUGGAAGCAGGGUACUUCCCUCCCCUUCCAUCAUUUCAUGUACCUGGUCAUGGACUACCAUGAGGAGAAUCGACUGUUCCGGUCGCCAAUUGGGCCUAACCCGCAGCAUAUACUUGAUAUUGGGACGGGCAAGGGUUCAUGGGCACUCCUGCUAGCAACGGUUCGCGGCGUUGACCUCUACCCUCCUCCCGUCAGCUGGGUGCCGCCAAACUGCAUUCUCGAGGUGGACGACGUCCUCGAAGACUGGACCUACCGGCAGCCGUUCGAUCUGAUCCACAUGCGGCUUCUACUGGGGGCAUUCACGCCGGAGGAAUGGGACCGGGUUUACAAGCAAUGCUACGACAACCUCAAACCAGGCGGCUGGAUCGAACAAGUCGAGCUGGACGUGCGCGUCAUGUCCGACGACGGCAGUCUCCCGCCAGACAGUCUGCUCGCAGGCUGGGGACCGACAUUCCUCGGCUGCGGCGAGCGAUCGGGACGGCCGCUAGACACGCAGCUGACGAUGCGGGCGGCGAUCGAGAAAGCCGGGUUCGUGGACGUGCACGAGAAGCUGUACAAAUGCCCGAUCGGGGCGUGGCCGAAGGAUCCCGUGCUCAAGGACGCGGGCGCGAUCAACAUGGAGCACUGGACGACAGGGCUGGAAGGCUGGGCCAUGUGGCUGCUGACCAAGUACGGGGCGCCCAAGCCGUGGACGUCGGAGGAGGUCCGGGUGUAUGUGGCCAAGGUGAGGAAUGAGUUGCGGGAUCCGAAGCUGCAUAUCUGGCAUUAUACACGGAGAGUCUGGGCCAAGAAGCCCGAGACGACGACGACGACGGCAUCGGCAUAA